AUGUCCGACAGCGCCGAGCCCGUCGCGCCGCCGCCGCCAUCGAGCAGCACCGCCGAGCCCGCCGCGGCGGCUGCGUCACCCGCCGACGAUGCCGCCGCCAAGCGCGCCGCCCGCAAGGCGCGCAUCCUCGGCAAGGGCACCGACCGCCUCAACCGCAUCACCCAGACGGGCCGCGGGCAGGAGGCCGCCGAGCUCUACCCGGCGUCGCCGCCGCCGCUCGCCUCGCCGCGCGCUGCGCCUUCCAGCUCUGCUGCUGCGCCGGCAGACGACGACGGCGAGCCGCCGGAGAUCGACAUCAGCUCGCUGCGUGCCAUGCAGCGCGCCGACGCGCCGCCGUUUCCCGGCAUGCCCGAGGGCGGCUCAGGCAUGCCGGCGUUUCCCGGCAUGCCCGAGGGCAUGGAGCUGCCGCCGCAGAUGCAGCAGAUGUUCUCGCAGCUGCAGUCGAUGAUGGGCGGCGCCGGCGGUGCCAGUGCCGCCGACGGCGCGUCGCCGUUCGGAGCGUCGCCGUUCGGCGGCAUUCCCGGCGCCGAGGACUUUGCCGCCAGCAAGACGGACCGCAUCUUUGCCGUCGUGCGCGCGCUGCUGUGCGCUGCGUUCGGCGGCUACCUCGUGCUGCCGCUGCUGCAUGCACACAAGGCCGCCAGCGCCACCGAGAGCCUCAUCGCGCAUGUCAACGGCGGCGCCAUGAUGCACUGGGCACGCCUGGGCUACGAGCGGCCCAGCCCGUGGGACGCAGGCAUGUACGGCGUCGAGCAGCUCGGCCUCGGUGGCAUUCCCGUCUUCUACCUCUUCAUCACGCUCGAGAUUGUGCUGCAGUCGACCCGCAUCAUGCUGCUGCGGUCGCGACCACCACCGCCGUCGCUGGUGCAGAAGGUGGCGCCCUUCCUGCCGCCUGUCGUCUCGUCGCUGCUGCUCACGGGCUCGAGCUACGUCUCGCUCCUCAACUCGCUCGUCAACGACGUCGCCAUCGUCGUCUUUGUGCUGGGCAUCUCGAUCCUGUACGCCGGCUGGCGCGUCGGCUACGACCCGCUCACGCAAUGA